UCGUCUUCUUUUUCGUCUUCCAUCAUUUCUGUCGCCUCCUCCUUGUGCUGUGCCUCGUCCUUACGGCGGACCCACAUGAACAUUGUAAAUAGUCGACGAACGACAGUCCGCUGGAGCGAUACGUUAUCCUAGUGCCAACGAGGAUCUAUCGGUCCGAGGAUCUUUUCUUGUGAUUACCGUCAGUGUUUCCGGAAGGAUGGAGGCGAAGAUGGAACCGUUGACACCUCCGCAUACGCCGCCCACUCUGGACAGAUCGAUACAACAGCAUCAUCAGAUGCAGAUCACGUCGCCCAGGUGGAUCAGGUCUCAGCAACUAACUGGGAGAUUCAUGCAGCAGCAACCGACCGGACAAAAUGUCGGCUAUCAAGCCGCAUUCUUGGAUAAUUGGCUCAGAGGAGCUGCGUUGCUCGCUGUCAGGGGUUGUUGCCCUCAGACACCGUCCACGCAUCCUUAUCAUCAUCAUCAUCAUCAUCAUCAUCAUCAGGGUCAUCAGGGACUGCAUCCCGCGCUUCCUGUACCGCCUCCCGCCUCCUUUCUUACCAGGAGACUGCCUGGACAGAGGCCCAAGAAACAGUUCAUUUGCAAGUUUUGCAAUAGGCAGUUCACUAAGAGCUACAAUCUGCUGAUUCACGAGAGGACGCAUACGGAUGAACGUCCUUAUUCCUGUGACAUCUGUGGAAAAGCGUUCAGGAGGCAGGAUCAUUUGAGAGAUCAUCGGUAUAUCCACAGCAAGGAGAAACCUUUCAAAUGCAGCGAAUGUGGAAAAGGAUUUUGUCAGAGCAGGACUCUGGCGGUGCACAAGAUUCUCCAUAUGGAAGAAUCGCCGCACAAAUGUCCCGUCUGCUCCAGGAGUUUCAAUCAAAGGAGCAACCUGAAGACACACCUCCUUACACACACAGACGUGCCGCAGGAUUUAAGGAUGGAAGCACCGGUCGCUCCGGAAUCCAGAAUCAACGCUUCUACUACUAUCAGACAGAUGGCGGAGAGGGUGAGUGGACUGAUCCCGAUUCAGAGGACCAGCACCACCACCCCUAAGCUAGGUUUCAGUAUAGAGGACAUUAUGAGACGUUGAAGGAGCUUUUUCUCCUUUUUAGUAGAGAUGUUCUUGUCGUUUUGGGAGUCAGUGUGAUUGCUUCAUUUUCUGUGGUAUUUUACCUUUUCUGUGGAUUAUAAGGGUUCUCACCUAAUAAUAAGGAUGUUUUAAUAUGUGCUAUUUUUUGAUAAUUGUUUUUGAACGAAGCACACUGAUUUCGAAUGUAUUAUACGUCACGUUGUAAAUAUGCUUUCAUUUAAAUUAUUCGACACUUAUCCAUGUAACAUGUAAAUAGUCGUGUAGAUAUUUAACUGUAAAUAAAAUAGUAGAUAAACCGAUUGAUAGGCUAUAUUUCGCGUAGAAUUUUGAGUGUCUCAUUAACUUCUAUUAAUUUUUUUAA